AAUGCGAGUUAUGCUGUACGCGUACUUUGCAUGUCACUUGACAUUGUUAUAGUUAUUAGUUAUUAAGUAUAAGCAAGUCCAUUUCUAAUAUUAGUAGUAAUAGAACCAUAUAAUAGGGCUAUCCUAUAAUCUCUUUAUAUUAUAAUUUUAAAAUUAUUUAUAGAAUAAAUUUGAAUAAAUCAAGUAUACUUUAAGUUAAAUACUAUGACUAUUUACUAUUUAUAAUAUAAAAUAAUACUAUAUAAUAUAUAAUAAAUAUUAACUAUUUAUUACUAACUUAUACUAAUAAGUAAGUAACAAUAAUAAUUAAUUAAUAAGUACAUUACUGACCUUAACUAAGAAAGUAGAGUCACACUUUUGACUUACUGCGGACCACAGUAGCGUAGACUAGACCGUAGUCAUACCCACACCAACUUCAAUCAUAAUCAUAAAGUUCAACAAAUAAUUAUUAUACUUUAUUAUUAUUAUUAUUAUUCUUUAGAUUCCCACUGUGGCUAAAAUUAAGGACGGAUGGAUGCCACUGCCACGGCGACUUUUGUGUGUUUAUUAUAGUUGCAGUGAAUUAGGGUUUACGGUUUAGUCAAAGUUAGGUUGAGGGAUCGAUUUAGGGUUCAGGUUAGGCAUAGGAAUAGGGAUCGAUUUUAGGUUCAGGUUAGGCAUAGGGAUAGAUCAUUUAGGGAUACAUUCGUGAAAUUCGAUAAAAUAGUGGCAUUCAUCCUUAAAAUUUACCCCCACUGUUUCUUCCUGAUUAUCAUCAUUGUAGGCCUAUUGCUUAGUAGUACUGAUAAGUUAGCCUUAUUGAUAAAUAAUCAUCAUUCUUAAGACAUUAAGUCAAAUUUCCAAUUAACUAUGCAGUUAAUAGUAACAGAAAAUCCAAUUUAAUUUAUGACAUUAUUCAAUUAUUGUUUUUGUUCAAUCUUUUUUUUUUAUCUAGGGAGUAAACAUGAAAUCUGCAUUAGUGAUAGGAGCAACAAGAGGUAUUGGAAAACAAAUAGCUCUAAAGUUUGCUGAAAAUGGUUAUGGGGUAUGUGUUGCAGCUAAAACUGUAGAGUCCACAGAUAAACUCCCAGGUAAUAUAUAAACACCAUUAACUAUUCAUUGGCCAAGGUAAUUUAAAAAUAAAUAGUAAAAUGUAUUCAUUAUAGCCAUUAUCAAUAUGUGCAGUCUUAAUGAAAAAAUUAAUUCUUAGAUCUAUAUAAUAAUUGCGAGUGAAAGUUGAUAAAAAAUAGUUUAUUACCUUGACCUUAAUCAUAGUGGGACCAAAACUGUUUUCUGGUGUAUAAAUUAAGUGUAAAAAUUAUAAACCAAGAAAAGGUAUCAAAUAUAAGUUCCAAUAAUUUUUCAACAGAAUGCUUCAUUACGGUACUGACAGAACCUGAAGCAAAAAUAUUUUUCAAUUAAAUGGAGCAUUAUUCAAGUGAAGUUUAUUUUUUUUUAUUAAAGCUAGAUAUAGAUAUAGAUUAUAUUAGCUAGAAGUUAAAUAAUGUGCUUGAUGUUUGUUUUAUUUUCUUUAUCACUGUUUUUAAAAACCUAUUUUAUAAAGGCACGAUUCAUGAUGUUGUAAAGGAAAUAAAAGACAAAGGUGGGAAUGCAUUCCCAAUGAGAUGUGAUGUCCGUGCUGAAGAAGAUGUAAAAAAUACUGUUCAAGAGUGCCUAAAGAACUUUGGCCACUUGGAUGUUGCUGUGUACAAUGCUGGUAAAUCACUUGAUCAUGAACUCAUUAUAACUAUUCACUAGCUUUUGAUGUAUGGAUGCCAGAGUAAUGAGUACUUUGUUCAUUAUGCUAAUAAAACUGAGAUCCUACACAGAUAUAAGAAGCCCCAUUCUAAAGGCACACUAUGUAUGUUAAUAUAUAGUACAAAGAAUUAAAGUAUUUAAAACAAAUAACAUUUGAGAAUAAAAAUUAAAAACCUUUUCGUAGAUCUAUAAGAAAAAAGCAAGCGUCAAUAGAUAUCAUUUAAAAAAAACUUUUGUUUUAUUGUUGUGUCUUUGGCUUAAAAUAUGUGUUAAAUCCCUGUUAAAAUUUUUUGCCAAAAUAAAAAGAACAAUUGAAAAUCAUAUUAAAAUAACACAAAAUGAGUUUGACUAAAUUUUAUAAAGGUUUGGGGAGAUUUGUGAUCCACUUACUUAAUUAUUUUGUCAGGUGCUAUUUUGUGGAAGAGUGUAAUGGAAACUCCACUUAAGAGGUGGGACUUAAUGAACCAAGUCAAUGCUCGUGGUGCUUAUUGUAUGGUUCAGAGUGUUUUGCCACACAUGCUGGAGAGAAAAUCUGGGCGAUUGAUUCUAGUUUCACCACCAAUAUACAACAGGUAUUAUAUUGUACUCUUCUUAUUUAGUAUUUAAAGAUGAUUUUUAAGAAAUCUGUAUUAAUUUCUUAUCUUGAAAAUAAAUUAAUCAAGUUAUUUUCUGUAUGAUAUCAAGUUAUUUUCUGUAUGAUGUUUUAUCACUAAAAAUAAAAGAAGAGGCAUUUUUGUUCAGUCACUUUUUAAACAAUCCCACAUUAUGGGAGAGACAAAUUGUUUGUAUUGUUAUUUAGGUGAAAAAUGGUAAAAGAAAUUAAAUGCAAAUAAUUUAAAGGAACAAAAACAAUUGGUUUAGGAAGUAAAUAUUUUAAACUAAAGGUUGGUACAAAUGCUGACUUUAUCACUCAAGAUGAAUGAAAAACUUCUAUGUUAUUGAGAUAAUCACUGUGCCGUUAAGCUCAUACUUCUCUAAAAGCAUAUUUACAUUAUAAAAUAUUAGAAAUUUAUCUUUUAUUUGCUUCAAAAGUUUUGUUAAAAAAGGAGAAUUUUGUACAAUUGAAUGCUCUUAAUUCAACAGAUUUUUCAAAGGAAAAACUCCAUAUUCAAUGUCAAAAGUUGCAAUGACAGUUUUAGUCCAUGGACUUGCCAAUGAGCUGCAAGGAACAGGCAAGUCAGGCAUUCAAUUGAAUUAAUAAUCAUUCCACUUGAAUUGUAUUAAUAAAAUAUACACAUUUACAUAGUUGAUUUGCCUCUGAUAUUUCCAUUUGUCAGGGGUGUCAAUCAGUGCCCUCUGGCCAGCAACUGUGGUUGAAAGUCAUGUGACAAAUGUGAGAAACCUGGCCCCAUCAUUCAUGAGAAAGCCCACAAUUUUUGCAGAUGCCUGCUUUGGUAUUGCUGAAGAAAAGAGUGACAAGUGAGUAUUUUGUUAUUUUAUUUUAGUAUUUUAUGCCUUAAACUAGUUCUGUGCAGCCUCUCUGAUGAGAUAGUUUCUAUGUGACAAUUAAGUGUUCUUUCUCAUUAGUGCCAGUAAAACUAGUACUGUGCAGCCUCUCUGAUGAGAUAGUUUCUAUGUGACAAUUAAGUGUUCUUUCUCAUUAGUGCCAGUUACAAUUAUGUCUGAAGUAACUUUUAAAAAUUAAUACAUACAUCACUGAGUAUUUUUUUUAAGGCUGCAGUGGAGGGGCGGGCAACCUUUUUGUGCAGAGGGUCGCAUAAAAUUUAUGUGUUACUUGGCAGGCCCAAUGCUAUUUUUAUACAUUGUAGAUAGGCUUUGAAAAUUUAUUCAGAAUUUAUUCAAUUUGAUAAUAAGCAGUAGAAUGAGUUUUUUUGUUUUUUUUGUGAAUUAGCUAUGACUCUUGUUAUUAGUUUUUGAUGAUUAGUUUUGAUGAUUUAAAACUUUGUGAUAAUCAAAAUUUCAACGGCUUUUACUAAUAAUCAUUUCCAAUUUGUAAAUUUUACACAAAAAUGUAUGGAGUUCUUGGAAGGUCUUGCAGGCUGCAUUUAACAUUUAGGCCGCAUGUGGCCCACCUCUGCUGUAGUGCAAGUUAUGUUCAGUCUUUUACAAUAGAAUUUUCCAUAUAAAAUUAUUUAGUUUUGUCAGAUAUGUUAUUUGUAUGGUAAGCAACACUUAACAAUCAUCUAAAUAUUUUUGUUUUCUCCUUUGAAAUCUUUAACAAAGGGUUCAAUGAACAAAUAGAACUUUAUUUAUAAUUAUCAAUGAAAAUAUUGGUUGAUGAGACAUGAUUAUCGUAGAUGUAUUGGAUAAAAUGUAAGUGAAAAAGAUGUUGAAAAAGAAAAAUUCUCUAUAUUUGUUUAUCAAUAUUUAUUAAAUAUUAAAAAAUUGUUUUGAAAUAUUAAAACAAUAUUUUAAGAUAAAUUUUGUUUGUCUCCUUUUUUUCCCAGACUGAAUGGACUUCCUUUAAUUGAUGAGGAUUACUUGAGGUCAGAGGGCAUGACAGAUUUCUCUAAAUAUCGCUGUGAUCCAAAUCAAGAGCCAGAUCGCAUGAUGCCCAAAGUAUUUCCAUCUUUGAAAGUAGCUGAGGAAUCUGAUGAUCCCCCAGUGUCAUCUAAAUUGUGAAUUUUUUACAGACAGAAAUUAUAGAUUGCUCUAUUUUAAAAAAAUAAAAAAUGUUGGUGACUGUUGCUUGGAAAUUGUUAUAAUUUUAAAUAACACUGCCUUUGUAAAUGAUGUAUUUAAAAAAGUUGUUUAUAAGCAAUGUAAGGAAAAAUUCAUGAAAACUGAUAUGUUCCCAUUAUAUGUCUUCCACAUUGACAAAGCUUUUUUACAUUUGAAUUUUAGAUCCAUAUUGGGAAAAGCUGGAGACACUGAGAAUUAUUUCCCUUUAUUUAAAAAAAAAAGAUUCUAUUGUUAUAUUUAUUGGUUAUUAUUUACCGUGUGUUGUGACGGCCUCACAGACAGAAGCGCCUUCAAGAAUUUAUGCCAAAGAUGUUCAUAGUCGGUUGUUCUAACUUUUUAAAUAUGCAUAUAUUUCUCUCAAUUUUACCAUCUAUUUUGAUUGUGGUACUCUACAUAUGUGUUUUUAUCUUGGUUUAUAAUUAUCUAUUUUCAACUUACUUACAAAUAUUGACAUUUUGAAAAACAUUAAGAGUCCCAUCUUGUUGCUUUUCUAUUUAUUAGUUUUUAUUUUCCUUUUAAAAAGUUUGCACCAUGUAAAAGAAAAAUUAUUUUCCUCAUACAUAGCAUCCCUAUAUGACCUUCAUUGCUCUUGUCAAAUAAUUCUGCAGCAAUUUUUGUUAAUCAAUGGACCUGUGAUGGUUGAAGUAUAAAAUUAAUAAAUUAAAUAAAUGAAUGUUAUCUUGCAUGCAUAAUUUGUGUUAAUCUACAUAUUAUUUGUGCACAUAUUUUUUAAAAAUACUUAGCACAUUAAAAAAAAAAUCCAAUCUUUUGUUGAUUUGUUGAUUUAGAUAAAAG